GAGGAUCCAUAUUUUUUCUUUCAACACCAAACCAAAACAGUAUACUCAGAUUUAAGGCGUUUAUAUUUACAACUUAAACUAUCAACAGAAUUUUUCAUUUUAUUUGUGUUUGCGCGGCUAUGAAAUUGACUCGAAAAUAAAAUCCAUACUGUAGCAAAUGGAGCAGCUGCAGCAACAAAAAAGCACUGCCCAUGUCUCAAAAUUGUUUGUCUGUACGGCCGUCGACUGUAAAGAUGAAAUUGAAGAGAAAUUUGAGCGGUCGUUUGUUAAUCUGCAGCAACAAAUUGCAGGACUCAAUGAUAAGGAAAUGCACGAUGUUUUGUCACAGUUGGUGUGCAAAGACAAACAUCACGAAGAGAUCUCAAUUGGCUUCCUAUACAUAUUACUUACCGAUCCGGAUUCGGCUCCAAAAACGUACCGCGACAUAACUCUUGUAUCUAGAGACGGAAUGAAUGUGAUAGUGGCAAACCUCACUGUGCUUGUCGCCGAAAAGUAUGCAAAGUUAACUGACAUAGCACGCAGACAAUUGAUAUGGGUGCUACGGGAAUUCGUAAAGCACCAAGUAUUGAGUGUAGAAAACGUUAUAUGGAACUGUCUCCGUCAAGCUGGCGGGGGAGAUGCGUCUAUAAGAAACGUUUUUCUCGUCGAAAGCCUUUUGGAUAUAUUUAUCGACUAUAGAACAUGGUUAGAAGGCAACCCAUUUUUAGUGCAGUCAACCGUUUACAGCUACGUCCGCCUUAUAGAGGACCACGCCAAUCCUGCUUUAAUGCCUCUUCGCCAAAAAGAAGUGAAGUUUACAAUAUCGUUAAUACGGGAACGUUUCCAUGAUAUUAUACCUUUAGGAAGGGAUUUUGUCCGGCUUUUACAAAACGUAGCACGUAUACCGGAAUUCGAACAAUUAUGGCGUGAUAUUCUUUAUAAUCCGAAGAGCCUACAUCCAACAUUCAACGGAAUUUGGCACUUACUACAAAUUCGGACCAGUCGAAGAUUUCUGCAAUGUCGUCUUUUGCCCGAGAUGGAACGAAAAAUCAGCUUCCUAGCAUCAUCUGUAAAGUUUGGCACACAGAAAAGAUACCAGGACUGGUUUCAGGAUAAAUACUUUGCAACACCGGAGUCACACAGCUUACGCUCUGACUUAAUCCGAUUCAUCAUUAACGUAAUCCAUCCGACUAAUGAUAUGCUAUGUUCGGAUAUUAUUCCGCGAUGGGCAAUCAUUGGUUGGCUCAUCUCCUCAUGCACAAAUCCAAUUGCUUCGGCAAAUGCCAAGCUAUCAUUGUUUUAUGAUUGGCUCUUUUUUGAUCCUGCCAAAGAUAAUAUUAUGAACAUAGAGCCGGGAAUUCUAGUUAUGUACCAUUCAAUUAGAAAUCACCCUUUUGUUAGUAGUACAUUGUUAGACUUCCUUUGUCGAAUAACAAAGAAUUUUUAUGUGAAGCACGACGAUAAAAUUCGAAUGGGAGUUUACAAUUCGUUAAAACUAAUUCUCGACAAGCAGGUUAUUCCAAAUAUACAGCCACUUUUUGAAUCACCGAAACUGGACAGAGAACUUCGUAAUUUAAUAAGGGAAAACUUUAGAGAAUUUGUAUCGUUACCAACUUCAAACGUGGGCCAAUCCGUCGUGUACCCUCUAACGCAUUCAAUUCAAGCUGCUACUACCUUAAAAAAAGAUACUGAUCAGCAGCGAACAGUACUUGAACACGUUGAUCUGCCUAUUAUUGGUUUUAGUCAUAAUAGUGCAACAUCCUGUGCAUUGGUGGAUGAAGAUAACAAAGCAACAAUGACAACGGAGCGGGAAAAUGCAUUUAGCGACGAGGAAGUGGAAAAUGUUGGAAAAACUUUCAAGAAUGAAGAAAAUACUGACGAUGAUGAUGAUUUGCCACUUUCUAAGGUCAGAUUAAAAGAGAAACCAAAAGUUGAACUGAGUGAAGCAAUAGCUGAAUCAUUUGACACAUUUAUUACAAAGCGAAACUCAUUUACAUGGGAGGCAUUCUUGAAAGAUUUUCGACCUUUGCCAGCUUCAGCUUUUGAAGAAUAUCAGUUAAAUUAUGUGAUCUCAAAUACAGUUAUAAUUCUGCGCGAGACUUUGCCACCGCAUCAGAAUAUUUUCUCCGAGAGCAAGACUGAUGAAAAGUGUUUGGCGAAGAGUAUAAGCUACCCCCUUUACGGCCUGUUUCGCUUUCUAUAUGAAAAUGAAGAGAAAAUAAAAAAACCAUUUCAAACAUUAAUGUCGGAAAUUUGCCAUCGUAUACCAGAAACGCGGUUUUUACUUCUAUAUUUUAUGAAAAUUCAUUAUAAAUUACAAACUCGCAAAAAUUCUCAACAAUCAUACCAGUUUAAAACAAAUAUUUACCGACAAAUAUGCGAUGCGACAGAUAACAAGAUAGGGGAUUGCCUAGUGCGAGACCUUGAUCUGCUUGAGCAGGAAAACACAGCUAUCUACUUGUGGCUUUUACCUGACAUUUACAGAGAGUUCAAAUCUAUAGCUACGAAUAACACUGACCUUCUGCGGAUUACACUGCGCUGCAUAGAUGCUAAAAAUGUCCGCGACAUUAUAUACUCAGUGGCACAAGGAAAGCUUACAAUAUUUAAACAAGAAGGGUUAAUUGAUUGUCUUAGAGAAAGUUUGGAUUUUGAGACUUACGAACAGUUUUGCCUAUGGCAACUCGUACAAGCUCACGAUGUACCCCUUAAAAGUAUCCAGGAUCUAUUGCCUGAAUUGGAAGCCGGAAAUCACCCUGAAGCAUUAAGUCAUUUUCUGUUACUGUUAAAAAACGAAGAGCCAACAAAUGAAAUAAUUCGAUUAAUUCUUAGCAGAGAAGCAAAGUCUCGUGGGGACCCAUUUGUAACGUCUGCUUUAAGGUUUUGGUAUCAGCGGUAUGAAGAAAAGCUGUCUGAAAUUAUAGCGUCUCUUCUUACAUCCAAAUAUCCCAGUUCAUCCCCCAAUAAAAGAAAACGACCUUCUAAAGGUGGCUCCAUUGUGACUAGUUCACCUUCUGCUGAUCAAGUAUUAAACCAUCUAGAACAUUAUAGACGAAGUUGUAGACACGGAACUGGAACUGGACUUUAUGUUCACGAUAUGAUGCAGCGUGCACUGCAGGCGGCCUACUCAAACAGUAAUGAAAGCACAAAGAAACAAUUUAGCGAUCUUUUCGCUCUGGCAGCGGAAGAUGAAACCACAGCGGUUGGCCGGCGUGGAGGAAGUGGUCGUGGACGUAAGCAACCGGUCAAUAAAAAAGAUAGUAACAAUCACAGUACUUCAAAUAAAAAAAACUCGGAUCUGGUUAAAACAAUAUACUCAUCAGAUGAAAACUCGAGUGAGGAGGAUUGGUCCAAACAUAAAAUUACACAAGCGGCCAAAAAACGUAAAAAGGCAGUUAAUGAUUCGGAUUGACAGUGUGAAUAUAAAAAGCAUAUUGCAAAUAUCUUUGAAAUUGAUGAGUACGCAAUUCGUUUUGUUUUUUUUUAACGCAAUAGAAAAGUUAUUCGAGGAAAAAAAUUUUGUAAAUUAAUGCGUAAUAAUUA